GAAAGCAAGCAAAGCAAAAGGGUGGCAAAAUCAAAGUGAAAAUGAAAAAAAAAAAAAUUUAAAAAGAAGAUUUGGAUCUGAAAGGACAAAAAACAUUGAUGGAGGGGGAUGAAUGAUAAAACCAGACAAGGUAGGGGCCCAACUCAUCAAGGGAAACAGCAGCACCACCACGGCUGUACCCAAUACCUUCCCAACCUAACGUUUCCUUUUUCCCCCUCUCCCUACUUUGAGUUUACUUUCUAGUUUUCCAAUACCCACCAAACACCCUUCUAAUAUAUCCAUCUUUGUCCCCUUUCUUUCUUUGCUUUUUGCCCAUUUCUCUCUGCCUAUAAAGUUAGAAACUUUAUUUUUAAAUGAUCUCCUCUUCUCUUUUAGACUUGUAAAGCUUGAAACUUUGGUUGAACGAAGGAGGUUUAAUUUUCAAUGCAAGGAGGUGUUGUUAUUGGUGGUGGUGGUGGUUCUGAAAGUGGGUCAAUGUCUACAGUGUCAAGGGAGGACAACUUGGUGGUGUCCUCAGAGGAUUCUUCAUGCCCUGAUGGGUCUGAGUUGGAGUUGGGUCUUGGCUUGAGUCUUGGUGGUGGUUUUAAGAUGCAUCAAGUUUCAAGGGCUGGGCAACAUGCUAGGAUCUUGACUGCCAAGGAUUUCUCUUCUGUGGUUUCUGUGGCUGCUUCUUCAUCUCCUUCUCAAUCAUCUUCCUCAUCUUCUUCUCCUUCUUUAAGUAGAGCUAAUAUCACAGCUGGAACCAAGAGGACUGCUGAUUCUAUGGCUGUGGGUAAAGGCUCUAGUCAAGUCGUGGGGUGGCCUCCUCUCAAACCUUGUAGAAUGAAUAGCAUGGUUAACCAAGCAAAAGUGCUGGCCACUGAUGUAUUUAACUCAACAAUGGAGAACCAUAAAAAUGAAACCUCUAUGGUUGAGAAGAGUACAAUUGGCAGCUAUGAGAACAGUGGUAAUGCUAAGCUCAGAAAAUCCCUGUUGGUGAAGGUGAAUAUGGAUGGAAUUCUGAUUGGAAGGAAGGUUGACUUGAAUGCCCAUGAAUCCUAUGAAAAGCUGGCAAAAACUUUGGAAGAUAUGUUUCUCAGACCUGUCAAUCCAGUAGGAUCAAUGGCGCUGGAGCAUGAUAUGAAGAAGGAAAUAAUAAGACCUUCAAAACUGCUUGAUGGAUCAUCUGAUUUUGUGCUUACUUAUGAGGACAAAGAGGGUGAUUGGAUGCUUGUUGGAGAUGUUCCUUGGGAGAUGUUUCUCAGUUCUGUGAAGAGGCUUAGAAUCACGAGGACAUCUGAGGCUACCGGAUUGGCUCCAAAAUUGCAAGAGAGGAACCAGAGACAAAGAAGCAAGCCCAUCUAGAAUAUUAUUCUCUCAAGCCAACAAUAAGAUGAAUAGCUCAUGCUAGUAGCAACACCCAAAGCGGAAAAGAAAUACAGAAUAGUUAAAGCAUUUUGACUGACUAACGUUUGAACCUCUGUGGUUCUCUGUAUGUGUUCGGUUGUUGUAUUAUUUUAUUACAUGUUUUCUUCAAUCUCAAAUACAGUCUUUGAGGAACAGUCAUCAUACUUUUUGACAGGCACCUAUAGCUUAGUUUUCAAUGUAAUAUAUACAGAAAUGCCUAUUAAUUGCUUUUUUGUUUUUUUGGUUGCUGUAAAUAACACUGCUAUUUUACUGUAUUUUUAAAAAAA